UUGUUGUAACUUUUCAUUUGGUUUUCUUGAUACCAUUCUUUACUAAAUUUUAUCUAACUAACUUUUCUGACUCUUAUUGUUAGUUCUUGGUCCUCAAAUUUCUUCUCUUUCUGUCUUGCCUCUUCCAUUAUUCCCUAGGUCAGUGUCAACACCUUCUACUAAAACUCAGUACAGUGUACCUCUACAAAAUAACUUGCUUCUCUUUGGGAGGAAGGCGACAGGAUCCAGCCUGUAUUUUAGGAAGCUAGUAAGUUUGUUACCAGAAUGAAAUACAAGUUAGAAACGCUUAAGAGAAUAAGCAAUCAGAUAAGAGGUCAUUGGGCGAUGUGAUUGUUCAGGUAACAGAUACCUGAACAAAGACAUCCUGGGAAUGAAAAGGGGAUGAAGGUAGGAAAUUUUUGUGAGAGUAAUCAGUGAAACUUUACCAUUGGUUGUACGUGGAGAGGAAAAGAAUCGAAGACUGAGGUUUCUAGCUUCAAAAGCAUGCUGUUUAUGAUUAACAAAGACACAUUAUUGAGUAUUCGAGUUGAGUUUUGGACAAGAUGACUUUAGGUUGUUAGCGUGGUAUUGUCAGCCUAUUAGUUUACUUGUUCUAAUCCUACCCCUCACUUCUCCUUCACUCACUCACUUUGAAUUCCAUUGCUAUUAGUCUAAGAACUUCCCUUUAGGAAAAGUAAUUUUUUUAGUCAUAAUCAACAGUAGAGCUUGAAAUGUGUACAGAGCAAUUUCUCAUUUCCUAAGCACAUUGUCAUUAUCCUUCUCUUUUGGUCCCUUUCUCCCAGUGAAAAAUAUUACUUAGAAUAGUAUUUACCAACAUCAUUACUAUCACCCCACCCCACCUCCAAGAUAAGUUUUUGUACUUUUAUAUUAAAUAAAUGAGACAGAUUGGCAGAGCUCUUUAAAGAAAAACAAAACUUUACGAAGUGUUUGUGAUUAAAAUGUUAAUCAGUCAAUGAGCAGAGUAACACCUCAUUCAUCUAAUAUCAUCAGGUAAUAAAUACUCUACAAAAGAUGAUUGACACUUACCCCAAAAUCUAUUUCUUUAGAGAUUUUAUAGAGAUUUUUAAAAAUAUAUAUGUUAUAUGUAGAGAGAUACAGAUAUUUGUGGCUCUAAAGCUUUUUCUCUAUAAUGUUUUACAUGCUUUGCUGCUUUCUGAAUUAGGGACACCUCUCCCUCCACCUCCCCCCCAAUACUAAACUUUUUCUGGAAAAUAAAAAUGAUUUUUUGUUUCAGCGCUUCAGAAUGAAUCAGGAACCCCAGGUUCUAGUCUAAGGCCAGGCACUAAAUUCCUGUGUGAGAAUCGAAUCUGUGGACUCUGGACAGUACCUAACGUGUAGUAGAUACUUAACAGAUUAUAUUUGGAAUGAAUCAUAGUUUUGUGCCUGCUUUAGUACUCCUUCCAUGACUUAUUACUUGAAAGUCAUUGCUGCCUAGUAAAUAGCUUCUGGGUUUUAUUAAACAGGAGUAUCUAGGUUCUGAUAGAGGUGAAUUAUAAGUUUAAUUUAUAAUAUAUGUUUUAGCUGCUUAGUGGAAUUUUUGGUCUUCUGUUGAUAUAUUUUCUGGUACUUGAAGUUGCCAAACAAGUGAUCAUCUACUUGGUUUAUUGAGGUCACUUUAUUUAUUGAGUGUAUUUUAUGUGCCUAUAUUAUAUAUAAGCAAUGUCCUAUGUUUAAGCACAUAGCCCAUGUUCCCAGGGAUCUUACAACUUUGAUGAAGAAACACAGAAGUAGAACUGUAAGAAAAUAAUUAAAUGUUGAAUCAUACAGCAUUGAUUCUACAAUUUAAAGGAGAUUCUCCUUAGCUUAUGCUGUGAGUGUAGAUAAAAUACCAGAGAAACAAGUGAGAAUGGAUGUCAUAACUUUGUCCCUAUAUCCUUUUGGCAAACAUUAUAGUAUGACGAGCCAUAGUAAUAAAGAUCCUGGGAAGCUAGAAGAGUGUAUGGUAUUGGCUAGAAAAGUAGUUUUCAAGGAGAAAGUUAUCAGUAAUGUCAAGUUUAGUUCAGUAAAAACGAAGGGACCCUGGAACUGGAGUUAUUUAAUAGAAAGCUACCGAAUACAUUUUUGGUCUUAACUGUGCUGUUUAUUGGGGUUUUGAUAACCAGUAAAAUUACUUAAUAUGGUUAUAAUUAUUGAAAGUAGAAGUCAAUUUAUUAUUAUUUGUAGAUAACAUUGUAAAAGCCAAGAGAAUCAACUGAAAUAUUACUAUGAGUAAUGAGAUUUCAAUGUGAUGGCUAGUUAUAAAAUAAACAAAAAGUGAUGGCUUAUCUAAUGUGUUUUUUUUUUUUUCCUUGAUAGUCUUUAAACAAAAAGCCUGUCCAUAUGGGUUAGUGAAUAGGAAUCCUCAUACUUAUUUUUUUCUUUCAGAGGAAGACACUAAUUUAAUGUUACCUUUGAUUAAGUUGUGGUCUAUUUUGAAUAAAUCAUUUCCAUGUUAACUUCUUAAAACUAUUUUGAAAUAAAGUUGUGGCAAUGAACACAUUUAAAGUGACUAUAGGGAAUUUUUUUUUUUAUUCCUUGUGGCUUGUGAUACUUGCUCUAUUACUCUGUAAUGUCAGAGAAGGUGUAAUCUGAUCUUUGGGCCAUAUUUGGUAAAUAAUAAUUUUGUGUGGAACCCACUGUUCUAUCAGUAGGAGGAAAAUUAUUAUCCAUAUUUAAGGCUUUUCUUUGCCCCUAAAGUAUUUUCUUACUUAAAGACCAAAUUAUAUCAUGCAUUAUUUGCUUUUAUGUUUUUUAAAAAGCACGGUAUUCCAGAUCUAUAUAUAACCUUUUAACAAGAGGUAUGUUGGCAGAAGUAUGUUCUACUUUACUUGGAGGGAAAAGAAUUACAUUACAUCCUAAAUGAAAAUUGUUAUAAUUUUAUUUAUCAUCAGCUCUCAGAAUUGAGCUCUCUUAGGUAUUGUAUUCUCUUUCUAGCCAUUCCAAAGUCAAUGUUGAUAAAUCACUUAGAUCUCUUAGAAUGUGAUGCAGUUUGAAUUAUUUAAACCUAAAGCUUGUUACAUAGUGGUUGCUUUAGCAUUUAUGAAAAUGAAAACUUAAGUAUACCUACAUAUUUAGAACAAAAAAAAGUUUCAUUCUUUAGUAAUACAGAAAACUAUAUUGAAUACCUAAUUAUGUACCAGUCUAUUGGGUGUUUUAUAUAUACUUUAGCUAAACCUCAUAACAAUCCAUUGAGAUGGGUGGUGGUAUCCCAUUUAAAUAGAAGGGAAACAUCUGCAGAGAGUUUUAAUUCAAGGCCAUACUGAAAUCAGAUGUGAACCUAGGUGUCUGUCCCAAAAUUCUUUUCCCUAUAACAUGCAACAAAAGGUGGGAAAUUUACAUUUUUCGCAAAACUACUUUUACUCUAUUUUGCUUUUUGUAUUGCUAGUUACUAGAAAUGCAGGAAAUUAAGUUUAUUGAAUCUUUGUCUUCUUGAUUUUUUCUUGUCCUAUUAUAAUUCCCACAAUAUCUGCCAUCAUUUGACAGCAGCAGAAAAUUCAAUUUAUUUUGACUGCUAUGGGAUUAGUUUCUAAGAGAAACUCCUAAGGGUGCCAACCUAUGAAGCAUAAGGACAUCAUUUCCAGACCCUGGUAGUCUAAUUAGUAUAAUAUUCUACCAUUUUUAAUAUCCUACCAUUUCUGUAACUUUUGUAGUUGCAAUUUUGUUUUUGGUUUUUGUUUUUAUAUGGGCCUGGCAAAAACAAUUUUUUUUUUUUUUUAAAUCAUUGAAUCUAUUUUGGUAAUGGAAAAAAGAUUUUCCAGUGUGGUUAAAAACCACAUCUUAUGAGCUGUUCUUUGCCUCCCUCUUUAAGAAUUACCAAAUAUUUUUAAAAAUUGGAACUUGCAAUUCAGUUCAUUGCUUGGAUAUAUCUAAAGCAUUUCUUAAGAACCCCCCCCCCCAGAAUGAUUAUCAGAAAUUAGGGGAGCAGUUAGAAGAUGUUUGGAAAUACAGUUGCGAAAGAGAAGAGCAAAAUGACCUGAAAAUAAGGACUUUACAAUUCCAAUUUUAACAAUAAAAUGGGUUUUGUUGUUUUUCUCUUUCUGUUACAGUUACUCUGUGAUCUCCUGUUGGACAGUCUGUUGCUAAAAGCCAUUAGAGAUUUCAUAAAAGCUACUGUUUGAAUUUCUAGAAUUGAGAGUUCAGAAAAAGUUGGGUAGGAUAAGAGAAUGACUUAACUAAAUAGCAUGUUCUGGUAACUUGCAAUUUAAGAGACCUUUUUUCCAUUUCAAAAUACUUUAUGUGAGACACUUGGGGGACUACCUCACUGCGAUUAGAUCUUAUAAUGUUGUCUGGUCACAUUUCUUGUUCUGCCUACCUCUAGUUUACUUUAGUUUCUCUUCUGCUUUUAAGGCUCCAGACCCAGUUCCUGGACCUGCCCUGGAAAAGAAGUAUCCAGUAGAGAUGAGCUCACUGCAGUUACUUAAUUAAAAAUUUGUAAGCUGCAAAAAUGGCAAUGGGCCAACCAAGAACAGCUACAAUUUGAAUUUUUCUAUUUCCAGAAAAUGCUUGGACAGAAGAGAUGAGUACUAUUUCCACUAAGGCCUAGAAUUGCCUACUGUACAAAUAAUCCUGAUCAGGCAAUAUACGAAUGGCCCAAGGAAGCCACCAAAUUGAUUUUCAGGUUUUACAUGACCUGCGACAAAAAUUCCCUGAAGUACCUGAAGUUGUUGUGUCCAGGUGCAUGUUACAGAAUAAUAAUAACCUGGAUGCCUGCUGUGCUGUUCUCUCUCAGGAGAGUACAAGAUAUCUUUAUGGAGAAGGAGACUUGAAUUUUUCAGAUGAUUCUGGAAUCUCUGGUCUACGCAAUCACAUGACUUCUCUCAACUUGGACUUGCAGUCACAGAACGUUUACCACCAUGGAAGAGAAGGAAAUAGAAUGAAUGGGAGUAGGACUCUAACGCACAGCAUUAGUGAUGGACAACUUCAAGGUGGUCAGUGUAAUAAUGAACUAUUUCAGCAGGAGCCACAAACAGCACCAGCUCAAGUUCCUCAAGGCUUUAAUGUUUUUGGAAUGUCCAGUAGUUCUGGUGCUUCAAAUUCAACACCACAUCUUGGAUUUCACUUAGGCAGCAAAGGAACAUCUAACCUUUCUCAACAAACUCCCAGAUUUAAUCCUAUUAUGGUAACUUUAGCCCCAAAUAUCCAGACUGGUCGUAAUACUCCUACAUCUUUGCACAUACAUGGUGUACCUCCACCUGUACUAAAUAGUCCACAGGGAAAUUCUAUCUAUAUUAGGCCUUAUAUUACAACUCCUAGUGGUACAGCUCGACAGACACAACAGCAUUCUGGCUGGGUGUCUCAGUUUAAUGCCAUGAACCCUCAACAAGUCUAUCAACCUUCACAGCCUGGUCCCUGGACUACUUAUCCUGCAUCUAAUCCUCUGUCACAUACCUCAACCCAACAAGCAAAUCAGCAAGGCCACCAGACCUCUCAUGUCUACAUGCCCAUCAGUUCACCUACUACUCCACAACCACCAACAGUUCAUUCAUCUGGUAGCUCACAAUCUUCUGCCCACAGCCAAUAUAACAUUCAGAAUAUUUCAACAGGACCUCGAAAAAACCAGAUUGAAAUCAAACUUGAACCCCCACAAAGAAACAAUUCUUCAAAAUUGCGUUCUUCUGGACCUCGAACCUCCAGCAGUUCCUCUUCUGUCAACAGCCAGACCUUAAACAGAAAUCAACCCACCGUUUACAUUGCUGCCAGUCCCCCAAAUACUGAUGAGCUGAUGUCCCGUAGUCAACCCAAGGUCUAUAUUUCAGCUAAUGCCACCACAGGAGAUGAACAGGUCAUGCGGAAUCAGCCCACGCUCUUCAUAUCCACAAACUCUGGAGCAUCUGCUGCCUCUAGGAAUAUGUCUGGGCAAGUGAGCAUGGGUCCUGCCUUUAUUCAUCACCACCCUCCCAAAAGUCGAGCAAUAGGCAAUAACUCUGCAACGUCUCCUCGAGUGGUAGUCACUCAACCCAAUACAAAAUACACUUUCAAAAUUACAGUUUCUCCCAAUAAACCCCCUGCAGUUUCACCAGGGGUGGUAUCCCCUACCUUUGAACUUACAAAUCUUCUAAACCAUCCUGAUCAUUAUGUAGAAACAGAGAAUAUUCAGCACCUCACGGACCCUACUUUAGCACAUGUGGAUAGAAUAAGUGAAGCACGGAAAUUGAGUAUGGGAUCUGAUGACGCUGCCUACACACAAGCUCUAUUGGUACACCAGAAGGCCAGAAUGGAACGACUUCAAAGAGAACUUGAGAUUCAGAAGAAAAAGCUGGAUAAACUAAAAUCUGAGGUUAAUGAAAUGGAAAAUAAUCUAACUCGAAGGCGCCUGAAAAGAUCAAAUUCCAUAUCCCAGAUACCUUCUCUCGAAGAAAUGCAGCAGUUAAGAAGUUGUAAUAGACAACUCCAGAUUGACAUUGACUGCUUAACCAAAGAAAUUGAUCUUUUUCAAGCCCGAGGACCACAUUUUAAUCCCAGCGCUAUUCAUAACUUUUAUGACAAUAUUGGAUUUGUAGGUCCUGUGCCACCAAAACCCAAAGAUCAAAGGUCCACCAUCAAAACACCAAAGACUCAAGACACAGAAGAUGAUGAGGGAGCUCAGUGGAAUUGUACUGCCUGUACUUUUUUGAACCAUCCAGCCUUAAUCCGCUGUGAACAGUGUGAGAUGCCAAGGCAUUUCUGAGCCAGAAGGCCCUGUAUCUUUUCUAAAACACAUCUGAAGUUCAAGAAAUUAGUUUGUCGUCGGGGAAAAGUUUCACUGCUACAUAGGGUUUUGUCAAAUUGAAGGUGUGACAAGAUGGUGGUGUGCUAAUGCUAAAUGUCAGCCCACAGAGCUAAUAAUACCUCAGUAUAAUGUCAUGGGCAGUUGAAAUUCAUCACAUGAAAGGUAUUCUGCCAGAAGACUUCGGUGCCCACUGCCUAACCAUGUACAGUGUUACCAGUAUCCCAUAUGGAUAAUUCUCAAUAUGUUAAUGCCUAGGUGUUCCCAGUACCUUUUCCCCUCAUGUCACUACUGAAUUUUGACAAGAGGAAGGAAUAGAACGAUAGCUUUUUUUAUUUUUAAAGCUUUCAGUGAAACACUACAUACACGAAGAAAAGGAACAAGGUUUAACUAUUUAAAAACUGUUUUGCUGCCGCAUAGUGCCAUUGGAUAGGGGAAGAAGUUCACAAAUCUGUGGUACUCUUGGCCUUGUCUUUGUCUUCCCUGAAACGUCUCCACUCUGUGAAACCAGCAUCUAGGGGCUAAAGAUGCAAAGGAAAGCAGCAUGCAUUGUCUGUACAAACAUACAGUGAAAUACCCCAAAGCUUUUCCUACUGUACAGAUUCUUGAGUCUGCUUUAAGUGAUUUCUUUUCUUCUUUAUUAUUUUCUUAUAUUUCUAUAUGUAUAGUGUAAUAGCCUUUUGUUAACUAAUUUUCUUUUUUCCUUUUAGUGAUUAAGCACGAUCAUGUCCCUUUUUAAGCCUUACCUGAGAGAAGCAAUGCCUUAAAAUAAAAAAGCAUUAAUGAGAUGAAACUAUGCACAGAAUAAUUUCCCUCUACUUAUUCUGUACUUUGCCCUCAUGAGUGCCAGUGUUCUGUGAAGACAUACAGAUGCAGCCAGUGAAUCGCAGGCAAUAUUAUAAGAAUUAUGUCUGUAGCUCACAGUGUAUACUGACUUGAGCAGUGGGUGACACAACACAAUGUUUUUUCUUCCACGGGAAAGCUUUAAACAAAGAUAUUUUUAACCCACUGACAGAACAACAACGCUGAGCUUGCUUCAUACACUUGGUGUCCCACAGAACUUUCACAAGAGAUUUAUUAUUGGGAAAGUACAGUUUCAAAACCAGCAAUAGCAGCAGUACCUACAGCCCUUGUUUUGAAGAGAAAUUUAAAUGCUUUACUGUUGGGGCAAUCCAUUUCUAAACCUGACUUGGUGGCAGUAUCAUGAGUAUUUAUGAAACAAGGCUGGUCAUAUUUAGGACAACUGAAGAAAAGCUGGAAAAAAAGAAAAGCAAACUUGAACACUGAAGCAACCUCAAGCAUCUCUUUAUAUUGAUGAUAUAUUUUUGUAAGGAAAAUAAAUAUUCAGAUGAUCAGGAAUGUAUAUAACUAAAUGGAAUCAAGAAAAAGAAAGUAACAGUAUGCAUUUAAAAAGACAGAAUUAUGAAAUUAUAUAUCAGUACCGAGCAUGGGGCUAAGGGAAGUGCUGAAAUAUAGCAAAAGAUAGAAGAUAAUGUAGACUGUCACCCACUGUAAAUGUUUGCAAGUGGCUAUGUUUCAAAUAAACAGGAUUAUUACAAGUGAUUUCUAUGAAUGUCAAAGCCUUGACUUUCAAGCUUUGCAUUUUGUAUAUGGGAAGAAAUAUGACAAUCCUAGUUAAUUAGACAAUAGACCCAAAGCCCUUACAUUUGAUGCAUUUUGUUUUAAAAAUAGGCCUUGUUUUUCAGCUUCAUCUGCAGUUCUAUGUGAAGAUUGAUAAAUCAGUUUUUACUUGUUUUAUUAAUAAAACGUAAUUUGGAUAUCUUGAGUUGAUGGUUUUGUGAUUUAGCUGGGUAAACUAUCUUUGUAACAGAUAAGUUAUUUAUAAAAAUUAAAAAACUUAUAUUCUAAUGUG